AUGAACGGUCUCACAAGCAGCCUGCUCUCUGAGAGCAUUGAGUGCAUGCCGAUUACGCAGGUCCCAAGCCAGCAAUCGCGCUGCAAGAAGCACGCCUUACGGCGGGGCGAUGUGCACAGCAGCAUCGGCAAUGCAACUCAGAGAGAGAAGAGAUAG